ACAUCCACCAAACGUUUCCUUUUCCCUCUCCCGACGCAAGUCGCCGUCAUUAUGUUGGGCCGUUGUCGCCAUGUUUAUCUACUAGCUCUGCAACUGAUAGUGAUCGCGCCUCUACGUCACGUCAGUGGCUACAAUGUUGAUACAUUAGGUCCGAUCAUCAGACAGGGGCUGGCCGGUUCGGCAUUCGGUCUGCAGGCCGUGCCGUUCGAGGAUGCGGACGACACUAUGCUGGUAAUAGUUGGUGCACCUCGAGCAGACUCCACACAUUUGGGCAAAGGUACCGGAGCAGUGUUUAGAUGUCCGGUAAAGGGUAUCAGGGACUGCACUGAAAUUAGCGGCUUAGAUGAUGUUACUAGGGUUGUGGACAACAGAACAGCGAACCAAUUAUUGGGCCAAGCUGUGGUAGUUUCACACGAUGAAUUGCCAAAUUCCAGAGCAGCACUUGUAUGUGCUCCACUGUACAGAGAAUACAAGCUAGAAACAUUUCUUCCAUUAGGUCGAUGUUUUGUUCUCAACACUACACUGAAAAACCCAGAGGCUGUUUACCCUUGGGACAGUCUUGGUUAUCCUUUUUUUGACAGCACGGAUGAUAGCCAGAUUGUAUCCAUGGCUGGCCAGUCAGCGACCAUUAAUUCUUACUUCGGACUGGGUGCUCCUGGAGCAUACAAUAGAAGAGGAACAGUAACGAGCACACGUACUGCAGACUUGAAUGCUUUUCAGGACAUUGCUAGAGGCCCUCAUUACACUGUGCGAAAUUACAGAAGUGCAACUCCUUCUCUUGCCACACCAGACCAAGACACUUAUUUAGGUUAUAGUCUAGCAUACGGACAGAUUACCAAAGAAGUUGGCAGAAACAGAUUCGAUUAUGUUAUUGGUCAACCAAGAGGCAAAGACAUGUUUGGCGAAAUUCUUAUAUAUGAGGUUGAAGCAAACGGACAAUUGGAUGAGAAACGGACAAUUGGUGGAGAUCAGGUGGGGUCCUACAUGGGACACACUGUUUGUGUGGUGAAUCUAAACGGUGACGAUUAUGAUGACAUGGUAAUUGGUGCGCCAUAUUAUGCAACAGGAGGCACUCGAGGCAGUAACGAAGGUCGAGUGUAUGUCUAUGGUGUCCUAACAAGGAGAACUCAAACGGAGCCAAAAAUCCUCAGUGGAACUCAUCAGCAGGGGUUCUUUGGAAUGGCUAUAGGAGCUAUUGGAGAUAUCAACAGAGAUGGAUUGCAAGACAUUGCUGUUGGAGCACCUGGAGAAUUACAGCAUGGCCGUGUGUACAUUUAUCAUGGACAUAAAGUUGAUUACAUUGUAACAAAGAGUGCUCAGAUCAUUGAUGGAUCGGCUGUUUCACCUGGUUUUACUCCCACAUUUUUUGGCUACACUGUGACAGGUGGCGUAGAUGUUGACAAGAAUGAAUUUCCAGAUGUAGUUGUUGGAUCAUUUGCGUCAGAUAGAAUUUGGGUACUCAGAUCAAGACCAGUGAUCAAAGUGUAUGGUAGUCUUUCGUUUUCACCAGAGGAGGUCAAUUUGGACAGUCAAACGUGCAAGUCGGACCUUGGAGGCAACGUGACAUGCGUUGAGAUUCGAAUAGUGUUCUCGUAUGAGUCGAAAAACAUCAAUAUUCCGCCACCGAAUACAGCAGUUAUUGGAUACACAGUGUCACUCGACUUCGAUCACUUGUCUCAAUUGAGACUUCGUUUCAAAGACAACCAGCAGCCUGACUACUCGGGUAAUGUCAGACUUCGAGCCAAUGAAAACGUAACCGAGACGAAACUCAUCUACAUCACGCCGUCGAUUCAAGACAAGGAGAAUAAUUUUCGUGUGAAGAUGGCGUUUUAUGAACCGGAGGAGUACACGGUGCCACCAACCAUGCCGCCCAAUGAGUUCCCAAAUCUUUAUCCAAUCAUUGACAAUGACACUCUGGAAAGCGAACACAUUGCCACGGCAACGCUUCAAGUGUUGAGAUUGUGUAAAGGAGACGAUGGUGAUGUGAUGUGUAAUCCGAAUAUCAUUGUGACACCAUCGAUUACUUAUAACAACACUGGGACCGAUCUAACCAAAGUAAAUUUUACCGUUGCCGGCGGUCGCAUUUUCCAAGGUGGCGAACGUCCCGUUAUGAUACUGCACAUUCGUAUAACCAAUCCCGGCGAAGCUGCAUAUCGAUCACAACUUGUUGUCACUCUACCAAGUUUCCUUCAGUUUCAGCGAGCAAACAUCAUACGUAGCAGAGAGGACACAACGGCUGUGAGAUGUCAACGUCGCGAAGGGACUUACAUUGGCAAUGUAGGAGAGUCUCAUGUUGACUGCGACAUUGGGAAUCCAUUGCGGCAUAACGCUGUGGAGAAUUUGGACUUGUAUCUGGUCAAUAGCUUUGUUGGAGACGAGGGACGGCAGUAUAUCACUAUCAAUGCUACAAGCAAUGGAGUCGAAUUGAACAACAACGAAGAUGACAACGUUAAACGUGUUCCAUUCGACGUGAAAGGCUAUGCAUUGCUUAUUGGCGUCGGUACCUUUUUUCCAACCGGCAGCAAAGUUCGGUACGCCGUCGAUAAAACAGUUACUCAUCAGCCGCUAUCUGUGGCCGAUAUGGGGCCGUCAAUCACUCACAAAUAUUCGAUAAGAAAUAAUGGACCGAGUACGAUUAAGAAUCUUCAUCUGUCGAUUACUUGGCCUCUACAGAAUGAAUAUGGGAAAGAUAUUUUUUAUUUGUAUUCGUUGGAGAUUCCUGGCUUUGACACUAACGCUUGUGACGAUACGUUCAUUGACAGAGAUUCACUUUUGAAUAGCACAAAUCAACGAAGAAAGCGAAAAGUUUAUGCUUUGGAACGGUCAUACAAUGCUGACGGGUGUGACUCAAAUAUCUGUGUGUACAUCAACUGUACACUUAAUGUGGAUAUUUUGCCAAAGCAACUUGUCACUGUCAUCCUCAAUGCCAGCCUUGUUGAGCAUAACUUUGUGAAUUACACAGCGAACCCACCAAAAGCAUCUUCGAACCUUGAAGCUCGCAUCGUUUCUGAUUUCUUCUAUAAGACGAUGCCGUACAGUCAGACGGUGCAUAGCAAGUUGGGUCCGAAAGGUGGUGAUGAAACAUACUAUGACUGCGUUCCGUUUUGGGUGAUAAUUGCAAGUGUCAUUGGUGGUGUUGUUAUACUUUCUAUUAUUAUCCUCGUUCUCUGCUUUUGCGGGUUUUUCAAAACAAUGGGACAGUCCGGAUCAAUGACAGUAAACAAAACCAGAGACAUGCAAUGGAAGACAGCGUCUCCAACAACUCAACUUCCAGCCGGCACGGUCGCUCAGGAAACCUUUGUAGAAGAACAACGUCAAUCAAUGUCACACGAAAAAGGGAAACAGUCACCAGGAGAGAAGUAUGAACUCUCCGAGUACGAUGGCUCUGGUGGACAAAGUCGGAAGUCAAUGAGUGCAGAUAGUGACAGCAUAAAGAAAGGAACUCCAGCGAAUGGUGGCGAAGCUCAAUCUCCAUCUCAAUCAACAGUGUAAGACGGGAGGUUUUGGAGGGGGCGUGGCUCAUUUAAUUAACCAGUUUUACGUAGAUUGAAGUAAAGUGUUGUGUGCAUUUGGUCGCGGCAGAUUUUGUUGUUUUGUGUGGGAUGAUUGAGUUGAUUUUGUCGAAUUUUGGUUUUUAAUUAAUUGAUUAAUUAAUCAUUUGCGAUUGAUAUUACUUUUUUCUCAUGCAAUGACAGCUGUUGAUGUGAUGGGUGGAUUCGAGUAUAUAUGUACUAAACUGUAUAUCAUAUGGUUGUUGAUAUAAAUUGCAAUAUGCUGUGUACUGUUGUGCAUAUCAUGUAGACCUUGUAGUCCCGAGACCUCUCGCACAC